CUCAGUCGUUGACACUCUGGGACCCAGGGCCCACUAGUGAAGAAGACUGGACACUAAACACCCGGACCAACUUAUUUAUAGCCUUCAUUCCCAUGGACUUCGACCGCAACAGAAGACUGGACACUAAACACCCAGACCAACUUAUCUACAGCCUUCAUUCCUAUGGACUUGGACCGCGACUUGAAACUGCUACCACAUCUCAAAUCCCUCACGAUGAAGCGCGGUCCCCGCAGUGUCCGCCGCCGCCGCCGCCCCUUGCCGCCACAGCUGCCAGACAACGAUGACAUCCUCGCCGAGAUCCUUCUCCGCCUCCCGCCACAGCCCUCCUCCCUCCCCCGUGCCAGCCUUGUCUGCAAGCGCUGGCACCGCAUCGUCACCGACCGCAAUUUCGUCGGCCGCUUCCGCGCUCACCAUGGGACACCUCCUGUCCUUGGCUACUUCCGCCCCUCUGGCCGGUUCUUCAAUACCCAGGAGCCUCCGGACCGCGUCCCAACCUCGCGCUUCUCCCUGCGCCGAUGGCGCCGUCGGGGGAGCUGGUCGAUGUUCGGCAGCCGCCACGGGCUUGUCUUGUACGGAAUCUGGGACAAUUUCGGAUUCGUCAGCGAGUUCAUGGUGGUUGACCCAAUGACUGGGGACCGGAGCCGCAUAGUCAACCCACAUGCUCACUCCAUGACCACGCUUGUCACCGCGGUGGUGGUCUCUCUUGCAGGUGGCAUCGACCGCCGAUCGUUUCGCCUAGCUAUGCUCUUCUCCCAUGACUACCAGCCAAGAGUGACCGCAUCUGUUUACUCAUCGGAAUCUGGUGUCUGGAGUGCCUCCGUCGCAACGUUGGUUCUUCCACUUUCUUAUUCUUACUUUAUAUAUCAUCCCAGCACCCUUGUCGGUAAUGCCGUUUACUGGCUGCUUUUCGAAGGCCUGAUCAUUCAGUUUGAUUUGGAAAGGCACAGUCUUGCCAUGAUAGAGCAACCCCCGGCUGCCAAUGUUGGAUCCGAGAUGGAGCGUCAUAUAGUGACGGCAGAGGAAGGCCGCUUAGGUUUUGCCCUUUUAUCUGAAUUCAGCAUCCAACUCUGGGAGAGGGAGGUAGAACCUAAUUACAACGCUGCAGAAUGGGUGCUGCAUAGAACCAUUCAGCUGGAGAAGGUCCUUUCCAUAAAACCGAAGGAUCAUGUGAAGUGUCUACUACGGAUAAUGGGGUUUUGCGAGGAGAGUAAUGUGAUUUUUAUAAAUGCGUGUCAUGGUGUCUUCGCAAUCCACCUCAAGUCGAUGCAGUUCAGGAAGAUGAAGAGGAGAGGAGCCUUCCACAUUCAUCCCUACUCAAGCUUUUGACAUGUAUGCACCUGAAAGUCGUACGUUUGCCAGUUGAUGAGAUGAAGAAUGGCUUGGUGGUGCCGUUUCUUCCAUUUUGUAUGCUGUUUGACUCUGAAGAAACGUGUGUGCUUAACACAAGUCAUCAUCGUCUAGAGCGUUGCACUGUCAUGCUGCAAGACGUCACAUUAUCUAGUGUGCAUCGCCACAGCACACCAGAGCCCCCUUUGGUCUCCAGCUUGUCCAUGCUAGAAAGAGAGCUAUGAUCCUGAUAGGCACUACACUGAAAUUCAUACAAUGUACAGAACCACAGCACGAAGAACAUCGAGGAAUGCUACCCUGCUAAUAGAUAACAUUACUUGUAAGCUGGUAGUAGCUGUGAUGUUUCACCCAUAGCAAAAAAAAAAAAAAGUCGAAGA